GACAAGACCUGCACAUUUGACAUCUCAGGAGCCUAGUGUAAAAUACAAUGGAAUCAGAAGAGUACAGAAGAAGAGGUAAAGAACUGGUAGAUUACAUUUGUCAGUAUCUGAGCACAGUGAGAGACAGGAGGGUAAAUCCAGAUGUUCAGCCUGGCUAUAUGAAAGCUCUGCUACCGGAAAAUGCUCCAGUGGAAUCCGAAAGCUGGGACAAUAUCUUUAGAGAUAUUGAGAAGAUCAUCAUGCCAGGGGUGGUCCAUUGGCAGAGCCCCCAUAUGCAUGCAUACUUUCCGGCGCUUACCUCCUGGCCCUCCUUGCUUGGAGACAUGCUUGCUGAUGCUAUAAACUGCUUAGGAUUUACAUGGGCCUCCAGUCCCGCGUGCACUGAACUGGAGAUUAAUGUGAUGGACUGGCUUGCUAAAAUGAUGGGUCUUCCUUGCCAUUUUCUCCAUCACUAUCCAAACAGCAAAGGAGGAGGAGUACUGCAAAGUACUGUGAGUGAAUCAACCUUGAUAGGUCUACUGGCAGCGAGGAAGAAUAAGAUUCUCGAGAUGAAAAGCUCAGAACCGGAGUCUGAUGAUUCGCACUUGAACUCCCGUCUGAUUGCGUAUGCAUCUGACCAGGCUCAUUCCUCGGUUGAAAAAGCUGGUUUGAUAUCAUUAGUAAAAGUGAGAUUUUUGCCAGUGGAUGAAAACUUCUCACUUCGAGGAGAAACUUUGAAAGCUGCUGUGGAAGAAGAUCGAAAACGUGGACUUGUCCCCGUCUUUGUUUGCGCAACUCUGGGAACAACUGGCGUCUGUGCGUUUGAUAAUCUUGCAGAGCUGGGACCAGUUUGUGCCAAAGAAGGAUUGUGGCUUCACAUUGAUGCUGCGUAUGCAGGCACAGCCUUCCUGUGUCCAGAGUUCAGAACUUUCCUCAAAGGAGUGGACUAUGCAGACUCUUUUACAUUCAAUCCAUCCAAAUGGAUGAUGGUUCAUUUUGACUGUACUGCUUUCUGGGUGAAGGACAAAUACAAACUUCAGCAGACCUUUAGCGUCAAUCCCAUCUACCUCAGGCAUGCCAAUACGGGGGCAGCAACUGAUUUUAUGCACUGGCAAAUCCCCCUCAGUCGCCGUUUUCGCUCUCUUAAGCUUUGGUUCGUGAUUCGGUCCUUUGGAGUUAAAAAUCUUCAAGCACACAUCAGACAUGGUACAGAACUGGCCAAGUAUUUCGAGUCUCUUGUCAAGAGUGAUUCGCUGUUUGAAAUUCCAGCCAAGAGAUACCUGGGAUUGGUUGUGUUCCGAUUAAAGGGUCCCAACUCUUUGACAGAGCAAGUCUUAGCAGAUCUGACAAAGUCCGGAAAGAUGUUCCUUGUUCCGGCAACGAUUCACGACAAGCUCAUUAUUCGUUUCACGGUCACCUCUCAGUUCACAACCAAGGAAGAUAUUCAUCGGGACUGGAUUUUGAUCCAAGAGACUGCUAUCAAUGUCACAAAUCGUUUUCACAGAUCCCAUAUCAUCAAUGGCUCAGUUCCAGAUGAAGCCAUUACUGUAUCAAACCCUCACAUUAAGAGGAUGGAUGACCAAGAAGAGACUGCCCAGAGGGUCACUGUCCAGCCAAAGCAUGGUGGAUUCACUCCUAAAGAAUGGAUUGAGGACAUUUCUGAAGAUAAUUUGGAUCCUUUUGAUGAUUGCUUCCCAGAAAAUGUGCCAGUGGCUACCAAACUUAGGCCAACAACUUUCAAGUAUAGGUAUUGGUCAAUACAAGAUAAGAGAAAGUCUGCACGGUCACUGAGCUGCAACAGUGUCCCUGUGCAUUCUCCGAGAGAGGCACCAGUGGAAAAACUGGUUUUACAAGAUGAACUUCAGAAAGAUGGUAGCAUCCUCUCCAAACUCCCUGGAAAGGUCAUGAUCCUUGAAAAAAAUGCUUUUAGAAAAUUAAUAAAAUUUUACAGUGUACCUAGCUUUCCGGAAUUCAGCAUCCAAUGUGGCCUUAAGUUGCCCUGCUGUCCAUUGCAAGCACUAGUUUAAAAAAGGCAAUGAUUACUUCAUCUUUGAAUCUCUUUUAGCAAUCUGUGGUACUGUAUUCUUCUUACAGGGAAAUAGUUCAAUCUUAUUCAGCAUCAACUAGGCAAUUUCAAAAUUGUGAGAAAACCUGAUCAACGUGGCAUACAUAUAUCAUGAAGCAUGCCAUCAAGGUGCGUUGCUAAAUUCUAAAAGCUCCUGGGGCGCAUAUCAAACAUGAUAACCCUCCCCCCAAUAAGGAUGCAUUCAAGGCCAGUCCCCGAUUACACCCUUUAACCCUUACAGUCUUAUAUCCGUGAUCCUGAAAUGUUAUUGCCCUAACACCCUUCACACCUUUGUGUCUCUUCCCGUCUCCCCAACACCCAUUUUUGCCUCUCCCUCAACCUUCCUGUAAACCGUCUUGAUUCUCUCUCCCCAUAUCCCUAAACACCAUUUUUGUUUCUCCUUCUCUCUAUCUCCCCUUAGAUCUACUGCUGUUUAAUCUUGUGGCUGCAAGGAAUGUACUAAAGCUGGUCUGUGCUGGUUUGAUUCGCUGUCGCCUAGUAUAAAAUUAUAAAAGCAUUAUUUUCUUGCCAGCUAAAUGGGUCUGGGUUGAAGAGAUCCAGAUCCAGAGCAUUAACCACUAAUACCACUCCAUUAAACUUAUAUGGUGCCAUCCAGCAUAAUACAUCCCUUACAUAACUCCCCCUGCAACAUGGAGAUAUGUUGGUACACUCAGCGGCUGCACACUGGACACUUUAACACUAAAAAGGAAAGUAGAGUAAAUAAUGAGAUCACUGUUGCCAAUAUACCAAACCCAAACCACAUCAAAAUGUCAACAAAGAAAUAUAUUGCAAUGGUCACAGUGCAACGUAGCUGCUGGUUACAACCUAUUCCAUGCUAUUCUGUUUAUUUUUGUAUCAAAUCUCCGUCACACAUACUCCACCCACUUCACUCUUUUGUCAUUCUGUAGACAUAUAGUUUGCUUCCCCAUUUAGCUGGUUGUGUUAGUAUGAUAUGAGAUGCACUCCCUGCUCUGAAUAUUCAAGCCUGCUUUCUUAACUUGUGCCAUCUGUGUUGUGAGAGCGCAUGCACACAGCACUAUUUUGUGUCUGGCAAAUAGAGUGUGUGCAUAUACCUCUAUUCCAUGUCUAGCUAAGAGAGCGCAUGCACACAGCACUGCUAAG